CAGUGGGAGCUGCCGGGCUGGGAUCCUCAAGAAUGGGACUGGAACCCCUUUGGGCCAGAGUCCCUUUGGACAUGACCCCCCUGAUGGCUGGAGCAGGGACACCCUGAGGCUCUUCUGGAAGGAGAUGAGGUGGUCCAGGACACCCCUGGUGAUGGUGCUGGACCCUCACAGGCUUUGUGCCAUAAACUGGGACGAAGCCCUUUGUCCCCCAAGACAGGGCUGGUGGGGGGACUGGGAAGGGACAAGGGCCCUGCUCCUCUGACCACCCCAUCCGCAGGUCCUACCUGGACAUGGUGAAGGUGGUGGUGUUCCACUACUUCUUCUGGGUCGUCCUGGUGGUGGUUUUCAUCACCGGUACCAACCGCAUCAGCCUCUUUGGCCUGGGCUACGUGCUGGCCUGCUUCUACCUGCUGCUCUCGGGCACGGCCAUGCUGCGCAAGCCGGCCCGCGCCCGCCUCGUGCUCUGGGACUGCCUCAUCCUCUACAACAUCGCCGUCAUCAUCUCCAAAAACAUGCUCUCGCUCCUGUCCUGCGUGUUCGUGCAGCAAAUGCAGAGCAGGUUCUGCUGGGUGAUCCAGCUCUUCAGCCUCGUCUGCACCGUCAAGGGCUACUACAACCCCAAGGCGAUGCCCAAGGACCACGACUGCACGCUGCCCGUGGAGGAGGCCGGCAUCAUUUGGGACAGCAUCUGCUUCUUCUUCCUCCUGCUCCAGCGCCGCAUCUUCCUCAGCUCCUACUACUUGCACGUCAUGUGGAACCUCCGAGCCUCUGCCCUGCAGGCUUCCAGGGGCGUGGCACUGUUCAAGGCCAGCAUCUUGAAGAGCCUGCGCUCGCACCGGCAAGCCGAGAGGAAGUCGCUGGACCAGCUGAAGCGGCAGAUGGAGCGGAUCCGAGCCAAGCAGCAGAAGUACCACCAGGAGCUGGCCACCAGCGCGGGGCAGGAAGGAGCCAGAGCAGCUCCCGGCGGCCCGGCAGACCCGUCCCGGCAGAGGGAGCGGUGGUGGCGGCCAUGGUUAGACCACGCCGCAGUGCUGCAUUCCGGGGAAUACUUCCUCUUCGAGUCGGACAGCGAGGAGGAGGAAGAGGUGCAGGAGGAGCCACGGCCGGGGAGGCCGAGCGCCUUCCAGCUCGCCUACCAGGCCUGGGUGACCAACACCAGGACGGUGCUGCAGCAGCAGGAGCAGCCCGAGCAGCCGAGGCCACCCACCACCGACAGCGCUGCAGGGGAUGGCACAAGGAGAGAGGUGGAGGCUGCCGAGGGGGCCGAAGGCCAGGAGGAAGAGGAUGGGCAAAGUUCUGAGCGCAGCAACGUCUUGCAGCGGGUUCUGAACAUGCUGAGGUUCCUGUGGCUGCUGUGCCAGGCCCUGGUGGACGGGCUGACCCAGUGGCUGGACAGCCAAACCCGGGAGCACACGGACAUGUCGCAGGUCCUGUGCCUCGAGAGAUUUGUCAUGGCGGAGCGGCUGGCCAGGGGAGAGGAGAUAAACCAGGAGUUCCCAGAUGAGCUCUACGAGAGAGAGCUGCUGCCGGAGGAGCUGCUGCAGAAGCUGAGCUCGCCCGGCUCCUUGGCUGCAGAGCUCCAAAGCAGCACUUCCAGGCAGCAACCAGGAGCAGGUGAUAAACGUGGAGGACGUGGCUGAUGCUCAGCAGUUCCUGGCCGUUCCCCAGCAGCGCAGGCGGACUGCCAGUGAGCUCCUCAAGAGCAGGAGGUUGUGUGUCUCCGAGCUGGAGGAGUCGGAACGGUUCUACCGAUCCCACAACCGGUUCCUGAAGCUGCUGCUGGCCGGGUACCGCUUCGGGACCGGCCACUCCGAGCUGCUCUGUUACUUCACCAUCAUCCUCAACA